UGGAAGUACAGAUGUAAAAAAGGGUGAACUUUACUCAUCCGAAUACAGCACGUGCUUCUGAUCGUUUCCUGUCCACAGUUUUGUUCAAGUGCAACUUAAGCCGUGCACUCUUGUUUGCAUCCAGAAUAAGCAGUUUUUUUGCGCUGAAUGUGGACUGUAACAUGGUGUAACGUCCUUCGUGUAACACAAGAUGGCGAAGAUAUGAAAAGCGUGGUUUCGUUAUUAGAUGCUAUUGGAGAGACAACAAUGCAACAAGAAAUCCCUCAGGCAUCACAAGCAUCUGGAUCUUGUUCUCCUGUCAAACAAAAGAUGGAAUAUUCUCCUACUAAACAAGUAAUGUCUGCAGAAAAUAAAAUUUCCCAGAUGUUACUGGAAAAUGAAUGUUGUUCAGACAUCAAGCAGAAGUUAAAAGUUUCUAUAGCUGAAUGUAGUAGGCUAAAAAAUGUUAUCAAAGAGAUAACUGAUGUAAAUAAAAAAUGGCAGAAAUAUAACCAGGAGAGACAGGUGUAUCUCCAACAGCUUCUUGCCAGCUUCCAAGAACUACAAGAAAAGUCUAACUCUUUGAAUCCAAAAGACCAUCUGUUAAAGAAGUCUGUGACUGAACAAACUAACAGUCCUGUCGUUGCCACUUGUGGAUCCUAUAGACAUAGUGAUUCCUCCCUUCUAUCUAAACAAGAACAGCAUUUGACUUUAAAACAAAGUUAUGAAAAGGUGGUUAGAGAUAACUGUCGACUACAGAAGGAACAACAAGAAAUGCAUAAAAACUUUGAGGCUUUAGCCCAUCAACUAGAUCUUGUUAGAAAUGAAAGAAAAGAACAUCAAGAAGUGCUAGAUAUGCAGGUAAGAGCUUACAGAGAAGAUUGGGAAGCUGAAAAACGAGAAAAAGAAGAAGCAAAAAUGAAAGUGACUCACCUAACAGAGGAAUUAAAUACUGCAGGUGCUAAGAAUCAAAACUAUAGACAAAGAAUUAAACAAAUCGAAAAAGCUUGUCAAUGUAGUUUUGAGAGUCCAGAUGAAUCACAUAUUUUUAUUAAUGGAUAUGAACAAGCAGUAGAACUUGGGCAACUUCACCAGUGGAAGUCUUCAAAUACCUCAGUACCAUCUAGUCGCCAACAUAAGUACUACCAAAAGGAGAUAAACACACCUCAAAAAGAACCAGUUAAUGGCAAAAUUAUGAUCAACCAGACACACUACAACAAUGUGCCUUGUAAUGCUCAUGCUUCAGAACCACAUGAAAACAUUGACAUAGGUACGAACCUUAAAGAUUUGAUGGAAACAAGUAAUCUUGAGGUUGAUGCUGAUGUUUCUCACAAAAAGAAGACCAAUUCUCCAACUAAAACCAAUAACAUGCAACAAACAAAUAGUAAGGUUUAUUCUCAAGGGAGCAGUGAUGAAGAUGGAGAUGUAGUCGAGUGUCCAGGAUGUUUAAGAACGUUUCCAUCUCAUAGACAUGUACAAUUUUUAGAUCAUUUUGAGCAAUGCCAAAACUUGCAGGUUGUAGAGUGAGAAAUCAACAAUUAAAGAGUUAUUGGACUCAGUGUGGCAUCUUCUAUUAUCAGAUGUAGCAACUACAAUUUAAGUUGAAAUAGGCCACUUCAUAGAAAGCAAAAUGUUCCUGCUUUUCUACUUGAAACAUUUAUUGCUAAUUGUAAGAACAUUCUUUAUAUGCAGUUCAUCAAACCAAAAUGGUAACAUUUUAGUGUAAUUUAUUUCAUUUGUAACAUUCAGAUUAUUUGUUUAAAUAUAUUUACAGUUUUUUCUAUGAGAUGUAGAAAAACAUCUCCAAUGAUUUUGACCUUAUUGGUUGGUUAUUAUUAUUAUUAUUUUUAAAUGACCACUUUUUUAUUUUAAAUGAUUGUCUUUAAUUGAUUUUGUACAUCUGCUCCCCUCAAGAAGAAGAAUAUUUUAUGAUGUUAGUCUUAUCAACAUGGUAAAAUAUAGGAUUUUAAUUGAUAUUAAAUGUACUGGUAUUGAUACUACAUGUCUAACUUUGAAGUUUCAUAUCACUGAUGUUGACACAAUAUAAAUCUGACCAACAUUUGAUAUCACAAGUAUUUUCACAUUAGAGAUGGAACUAAUACUUUAUAUUACAGAAUUUAACUCAAUGUUUAUUUGACUGACACUUGAUUUUAACAUAGCAAAAGAUUGACCCACACUUGACAUCAUUGGUAUUACAUCUUAUAUGUUAUUUGUAUUAAUACAGUGGAUGUUUGGUGAACAUGCUAUUGAAAUCAUGUGUAUUAGCUUACUAAGAAUAUGAUCAUUGUUUUAUAUUGCUAGUAUUAGUAUACUAAAGAUCUGACCAAUGUUUAUAUAAUCGGUUUUAAGGGAUGGGUGUAAGAUUGAAGAAAGUACCAUUCUUUUAAAGCAUCCUUAGAAUUGUUUUGAGCUGCUAGCUUACAGUUUCAUAUGCUGUUUACUGGCUAUUGACAGUUACAUAGGUAAGCAUCAGAUGUUGGCCAAUGGGAUGGGUGUAAGAAUGAAGAAAGUACCAUUCUUUUAAAGCAUCCUUAGAAUUGUUUUGAGCUGCUAGCUUACAGUUUCAUAUGCUAUUUACUGGCCAUUGACAGUUACAUAGGUAAGCAUCAAAUGUUGGCCAAUGGGAUGGGGAAUGCUAAAGAACUUCUUAAAUUAUUGAUUCACUUCACUAGGUUUAUCACCAUGGAUUUGAUAUAGCAUGUUUUACCAGUAUUGGUAUUACUAUUUACAUAACUUGGUUUUUAUUCUGAAAAUUUUUAGUUUCAGUAUUAGGUCGUAUUAAAAAUUUUGUGAAGGUUUACACAAUUAUUAUUAGCAAAGACUGAUGUAACUUAUUUUUCUAUCUCAGUCUCAUUCUUACUCAUUAUUUAGUUUCUCCUUCUUGAGUUUUUCUUCAAGUGAUCAAUACACCAUCAUCAACUUGUCUAUUAGUUUUUAAAUUUAUUCAUUUAAAAACUCUUCUCAAAAUGUGCCACAUUAAGAUUAUACAUAUUUUACAAGAAGUACUUGUUUUUCUACACAGCUAAACAUGCUUAAUAAAUUCCAUAUUUAUUUUUAUAGACUGAUAUCAGUGUUAAUCACUAUCUUAUCUCUUGCUAUAAAGAUUUUGUUAUUGCUAGAAUUACUCAUAACAUGCAGAAUCUUUAUACUUUGUACAGGUAAACAUUACUUAUCCACCUCUUCUUGAUGCAAGCCGUAAAAUAAUUAUCAAAAUCAGAUAAGCAGUUGCAUGAUGUAUAAAAAUUACAGUUGUUUAAUAUUUAAUUCUGCAACCAUUUCUUUCUGAGUUCUGUUUAACACAUAAUCCAAAAACCUCUAAAGUCGGUUGACAGAUCAUAUUAAAUUUUCCCUGUAAUUAGGCAUGUAUUCUGCAAACAAACAAAUUUGAGAAAAAGCAAAAUACACUUCUAAAUUUCUUAUAUGCAAAAAUUGUUAGUUGGCAGGCUUGCAAAAACUUUAUUAAAAUAUUCACUUAGUGUUUUUAUUCUGGAAGUCAGAGCAAAAGUUUAAAAGUUAGUCAAGUCUUGUGUAGUUAAUGAAGCUAUAAUUAUAUCUGCCAGUAUUAUUAAAUACCAUUUGUUGACUUUGUAAAUGUAUAAUGUGCCAGAAUGAAAAUAAAACAAAGUUUGACAAAAUGAUAAAGUAUAUUCUACAUCUGUUGAAUAUAUUAUUAUGUAAUACUUAUAAAGUUACUUUAUGAAAUAAUAAGAUACAAUCAUGGAAGUGUUAUGUUAAAGAUUUAUCAUGUGCUAAAAAAAUGAUGUAUGUGACUCAGUGUAGUCUACAAAGGUGUUUCAUUGCAGUAGUUUACAAACACUGUGAAAGAUUUGAUGAAUUAAAAAGUUUAGGAAGUCUUUGACUUGAGACUGUAUUACUAGAAAGUAAUUCAAAUACGAUGUUUUCAUUUAAUUUGGAUUGUACAUUUUAAAAAGUAAUUUUAAAGUCUUCAGUUUUGUUUCAAAGAAUAUAGAAAAGACUUGGAUGACCACAUUAAAAAAGUUAGUGUUUUAUCAAUAAAACAGGUUU